ACAACGCUAUGAAGCCGGCGGUGCUCGAAGUAAUGAGGAUGAACCGGGUCUGCAGGAUGGUCCUGGUCACUUCCGUGGGCUCCUUCAUCCUCGCCAUCUUCUAUUUCCAAAGCUGUAGACACUGAGGGAUGACUUUGCUCCAUUACUAUCAAUCACUGCUGCGAUGGCUUCACACUCCUAUGAAAAAACGUAAAAGAAGGUGUUGGGGGAAAUGGAAAAUACAAACAAUGCAAUCAAGCAGAAUUUCUCAGAGCACUGUGAUUCAGAGGGUUUGGGAGAUGGUAGCUCUAUCCAACACAUGUCAUGGAGUAAUGCGUAGAAAUCCAUUCGGGAUGGACAUUUGCUGUCGGAAAGGAUCCAGGAGCCCACUUCAGGAACUGUAUAAUCCCACCCAGUUGUCCAACACAGCAAUUCUUCAUCAGAUCAGACGAGACCAAGUGACAGACACGUGCCGAGCAAACAGCAUGUCCAGCAGGAAGCGCCGUGUGCUGACACCCAACGAUCUCAAGCACCUGGUCGUGGAUGAGGAUCAUGAAAUGAUCUAUUGCUAUGUUCCCAAAGUGGCCUGCACAAACUGGAAGAGAGUCAUGAUGGUUCUUACGGGAAGAGGGAAGUACAGUGAUCCGAUGGAAAUCCCGGCCAAUGAAGCCCACAUUUCUUCAAACCUGAAGACCCUCAACCAGUACAGUAUCCCAGAGAUCAACCACCGCUUGAAAAACUACAUGAAGUUCCUCUUUGUUCGUGAGCCUUUUGAAAGACUGGUGUCAGCCUACAGGAACAAGUUCACCCAGAAGUACAACACUUCCUUCCACAAGCGAUACGGCACCAAAAUCGUGAGGCGCCAGAGGAAAAAUGCAACCCAGGAGGCUCUGCAGAAAGGUGAUGAUGUGAAAUUUGAAGAGUUCGUGGCAUAUCUCAUCGACCCACACACCCAAAGAGAAGAGCCCUUCAACGAGCACUGGCAGACUGUGUACUCCCUCUGCCACCCUUGCCACAUCCACUACGACCUCAUAGGAAAGUACGAAACGCUUGAAGAGGAUUCGAAUUAUGUUCUCCAGCUGGCAGGAGUAGGCAACUACCUGAAAUUCCCCACCUAUGCAAAGUCUACGAGAACUACUGAUGAAAUGACCACAGAGUUCUUCCAGAACAUCAGCUCCUUGCACCAAACGCAGCUGUUUCACUUCAGCAGCAGAGAUAGGAUAACAUGUGGACAAAAGGAGUCUGGUUUUGUGCUUUCCUCGAUUUCCAGCUUGCUGGGUAAAAAUAUUCUUCCAUUAGACAAUGAUGCAGGUAAAUAUGGGAACGGUUCUGAAACCACAUGCUUUGAGAAGAUUGGUGAAAAUAAGUUUUUUAGAAAGUGAUGUUACGCUCCAUACUAAUACAAAAUCUAUCUUUCUAGGCCUGAAAAGGAAAAGUAACCCAGAUUUGGGUAGAUUCGUGAGUAUCUAAUACCCGUGACUUAAAGAAACGUGAAUGUAUUCCUUAGGAAGAAAAACCAUGAACCUUUUAUAAGUCUUAAUGAGUUUUUGGAGAAUAUGACUGCUCCUACUGGCUCUUAAUUUGAAGCCUCCCAGCCCAAAUGAAUUGGGGAUGGUCCAUCAGAAAAGAAUCAGCAUUAGAAAAGUGACUGUAAGAGAUUUUUUGAAUGCCCAAAGCAAUUGGCAUUGACUUAAUUCAUAUCCAGGAUGGAGCUGUGGGGACAUCCAUCCUCUUCAAGUCAUGCCUCCCUAAUUGAUUCUAAAAUGGGCAAACAAAACUGACUUGAGACACACUGGUUAUGAUACGUUGCUGUAAACAAUGUGGGCAUGUCAUUUGAAAAUUCAAAAAGUCAUCUUCAUGUUGAUUCUCUAAGCAUGCAAGGCAAUAAGAAAGGUCUCAUCUUCUUCCUACAUGCUGGUUUCAUGUGUUUUUCUUAGGGAGAAGAAGAAGCCUUCUUUUUUAGCUGAUGCCUAAAUGUCAUUGAUAGGAAUUUUUCUAAGUUCUGAUGUGUUAGAAAUUCAUCUAAGUCAUCUCUAGUGUAAGACCAUGACCUUUUUUUUUAAGGGGAAUGUCUCAGUAGCAGCUGUUUUGUGUUUAACUGCGAUUUGGGAUGGCAGAUUGCUUUGGGUAAGCAAAUAGUAAUCUAUACACAGCAAAUUAACAAUGAAAAAUGGUAUUUCAAUGUGGAUCUGUUAGCCAGCUAGUGGGAGCAAUUCAGGCUUCUCCAGAUGUUUGCUUCAGUUGGAUGCAGGUGAGUAGGGAAUGCUCUGUAGCCACCUCAGCAUCCACAGGCAGCUGAUGGGUGAAAGGAGCAGAGGCUAAACUGAGACACUUUUAAAACUAUAAAAUCUGUUUUAAAGUUGAUAGAUGGUCAAAAAUGGGGGGUUUAACUUGGCCUGCAUGUCAAUCUUUCGAUCAAAACAAACCCUUUCAAAAUGAAUGAUGAUUUAAAUAAACUCAGCUAACGGCAGAGCUGUUUCAACAGUAUCAGAGCCAGAUCCUGAAAAAUUUCAAAUUGUACAGUAGCCAGUAAUAUCCACUGAAUUGUAUUCGUUUCCAGGACACAGAUGUGAUUAAAGAAGAAAAAUAAUUUGCAUUUCAUUUGAUAAAAAUAAGUUGCUAAAUAAAUCUCAUUGAAAAACAAAUUAACAUCCAAACAGCAACUGAAGUCCUUUCGCAGUUGGAUUUGGUCUUAGGCAGGUCAUUAUUUUUUCUGUCAUCAUACCAUAGAAAUAAAUCUCUUAUCCAUUGUGGAACAGCCACGGUUUUCAUAACCCAGCCCCUAUUUAUAAAUUGGAGCACUGGGCCAGUGACUGAAAAGGGGCUGGCUGGCUGGCUGACCCCUCUGAAUUCCUGAUCCAUUGCUAAUUACUGGUUGUUGUUUUACUUUAAAGCAGUUUAGUCUCAUUUAGAGUGUGUGGAGCUGUACCUCUCACAGUGCCCUGACUCUCUUAUGUUCCUAGUUCAGUGGUUGUAUGUUUGUUAAAAAAACAACUGUCAGAGGCAGGUUCCCCUUUUCCCCCUCAGAAUACUUCCUACAAGCUAUUUGUGUGUUAGUUUGGUCUUUGCGUCCCACAGUGCUCAUACUUUGGUCCAGUUUUCUUCUCAGUCAGCUCUAAAUCCAUCCAGCAGAAUGUGAUGUGGUUUUUUUCACUUAAGACAAAAGUUGCUUCAGAAAGUAAAUAUUUAAAGAACAGGGUGUGCUUCCCCCUUUCUUUUUGUACUUUUCUCUGGCACCAUCACCACGUUUUUAUGCAUUCUGAAAUAUUCUCUGUAGUUUCACAGCUUUGGAGACAUCAAACCUCUAUAUGGUAGCUGUGAUAGAAAAGCUUUAAGUGAAAAAUGUGUUCAGGAGAUCUGAGGGGUGACCGUUGCUCCAGCCAGGAUUUUUAGCAACAGCUUUGGGUUGGAUUACCUAAAUUCUGGUUCCCCACAGAGGGCAACUCUACGGGUGGAUGCUCAGCACUGAGAAGGCUUUUAUGUGGACUUCAGUGGGUGCAUGAAGUCACUUGCUUUUGAAAAACCUUGAUCCCAAACUACUACAACCUGGCUAUUUAGUGCAUUAUAUCUAUUUUGAGGUCCUGUGAAUGGGCUGUAGAUCUGUGUUUAAAAUGAACAGCUGACAUGCUGGAUAUGGUUGUGUCCUGUACAGUGAGCAGCAAGCCCUCACCAGGUCAGAGCAGGAUGACAAAUGUUAAGGAACAGCCAUUUCUUUUGGCCUGUUUGGCAUGCUGUUUUGACUGAGCCAAAAAAAAUCUGUCUUUCCACUGCAGCUACACAGGAGGACAUUCAGGGUUGUUAAUGCUCAUGUCAGUGAGCUGGCAGCCACCACCUGCAGUGAGCGGCAGCCAGGGAACUGGGUUGGUUUUACCCUCUAACUCUUUCCUGGGUUUCCCAGCUGGAGGGAAGAGGGGCUGGUCUGCUCCUGAGUUCUGCCUCUCUCCCAGCUCCAUUUCUGCCAUGGCCACAGCUGAUCCUUGGAGACAAAUGGGCAGCAGGGAGCCACAGCAAAAUGUAAAAUACAGACAUGCUCAUGGGGCUGCAAGGGCCACUCGGGAAGCUGCUGUUCUAGAAGGGCCUGCAUUAAUUAUGUCUAGUAGUGAUGAGUACAGAGGGAACACAGUGGGGGAAUUCCUGCUCUCCACCUCUGUCCCCAGCCUCCUCAAAGCUGCUGGAGUAGUGAUCCUCAUCUCUGAGCAGCUGUUGCCUCCCUGUCAUUUGGCAGGGCCAGCGCUGAGCCCAGCAGUGCUGGUGGCUCUCUACUUGGCACGAUACCCACAGCUGAGGGGUCAUUCCCCCCAAAUGGCAUCAAGCACCUUAACCUGGAGUGCAGGCUGAAUUUGGCCCAUAUGAACAUGGUGGAGACUUCUGGGUGGUGGGAUGUUUCCCCCAAACCCGGCUCAGUCCAUGCUUCAGCCUCUUCAUAAACCAUGUCCAUUAUGACAGAAACAUGCAAACUGCCUGAACCAUGCGCUGUGUAAGACAAGUGAAAUAAAUAAUCCACAAGCAGAAGUGCUUUUAGAAAUCAGUUGACCCCAGAUGUUUUAGGGUUUCACUGUAGUCUGCUGCACUUUUCAGGUAGAAAAAGGGACUGUCCUUACUAUUACUCUUGUUACAGAGAGUGCUAUUUUCUUACAUGCAUGCACAAUACAAUGUGUACGAAUAAUUUAACAUCAAUGUGAGGUUGGAUUUUUUUUUAACCUAUUUGUAUGCAGUAGAAGGCUUGUUGUAGAAAAGUAUCUCCUCAUACUUAAAUACACUGUUAAUAAAGCAAAAAAGAUAAAUUAUACAUUGCCAAUACAAGUGUGAA